AUGCAAGUGGUACAGAAAGUGUGGGAAGAAACGAACAUUCCGGGUUGGAGUUGCUUCGUGUUCAAAGAAAAGCUCAAGAAAUUGAAGUUAGUCUUGAAAGAAUGGAACAAGAAUUCGUUUGAAAACAUCGAGCAUUCGAUCAAAUCUCUGAAGGACGAGCUCCAAGCAUGGGACAUCCUUGAUUAUGCUUUUGGCCUGGAUGAGAAGGAAACCAUUAGGAGGAACAAAAUCAAAGCCAAUCUUAUCCUGCAAACGAGGAAUAAGAUUAGCCUAUUGCAACAUAAAGCAAAAGCCCGAUGGCUAAAGGAGGGUUACUUGAAUUCUAGCUUCUACCACAAAGUUAUUGUUGGCCGAAGAAAGAAGAAUGAAAUGUUAGGAAUGAUGUUCGAGAACCAAUGGAUCGAUGAGCCAACUGUCAUCAAGGAGAGGGUGAAGAACUUUUUUGAAAAAAAUUUCAGGAAAAGAAAUAGAACUCUACCGAUCCUACGUUCUGAUUUCGCUGCCAGAAAACUCUCGAAUGAGGAUAAGAUGUGGCUGAUCAGACCCUUCACGGAAGAAGAAAUUAAAGAUGCCAUUUGGAGUUGCGAAGGAAACAAAAGUCCGGGACCGGAAGACUUUAAUAUUAACUUUUGGAUAAAGUCGUGGGAGGUUAUUAAAGACGACUUUAUACAGGUUAUGAAAGACUUCCACACAAAAGGUAAAAUCCCCCGCGACUGCAAUUCAUCUUUCAUAGUACUAAUUCCUAAUAAAGAUGAGGCGUACUCUCUUGAUGAGUUCAGACCAAUCUCUCUCAUCUGCAACCUCUACAAUAUUAUUGCCAAGGUCCUAGCUGGGAAGAUUGAGGGCAGUUAUGGACUCAAUCAUUUCAAAAAAUCAGGGCGCCUUCAUCAGUGGUCGGUUUAUCCUCGACGGAGUCGUGAUUUUGAAUGA